AACGUGACGUAAUUUAGGAUGAUUUAAGAAUGGUAUUUUCUAUAAAAUGAGUGGGUAAUAAACUUGUCUACCCGUACUUUUUUUUUAUUCUUAAUAUUGAAGUUACGUCAUUGGGGUGUGGGUAUGUGGACUCGCGACUCGACAGCUCGACCUGAAUACCUAUUUUAUCUGCGAGUUAAGUAGAAACAUCAUGGAAGAAGCCAUGAUUAAACAGAAAAUAGACGAACUCUUCGAUGAUCAGAGGCCCUAUCAUUACGUACAGAUACAGCAGAGGGUUUCUCCUACUUCGUUUAAAUCUUCUUCACCUGUACACCAUCAUGAAACCGAUCACAUUGGAAACAAUAACAGAUCAAGUCCCGAGGGCAAGAAAAAAUCGUUUGUGGCAGUUAAUCGACUGGAAGAUGAACAAGCUAUUAGAGCUGUGGAAUUCCAUCCAAAUGGAAAAAUGUAUGCAAUUGGCUCUAACUCUCAAGCUCUUCGCAUUUGUUCUUAUCCAAAAGUGCAUGAUUUGAGAGAAGAUCAUGCUGCUCAUCAACCAACAAUAUUGUUUAAAAGAUUAAAACAUCAUAAAGGAUCUAUUUAUUGUUUGGCUUGGAAUGCAACGGGUGAUUUAAUUGCUACCGGUUCCAAUGAUAAAACAAUUAAAUUAACAAGAUUUAAUGCUGAAAAGUAUUCCGUUGAAGGCAGAGAAACUGAGCUUACUAUGCAUUCUGGAACAGUGAGAGAUUUGUGUUUUAUGGAAGAUUUAAGCAACAGAUUCAGUUUAUUAAUUAGUGGAGGAGCUGGUGAUAACAAAAUAUUUCUUACUGAUUGUGAAACUGCAACACCAUUUCAAUUUCUUUCAGGACAUUCAGGUCAGAUUCUCAGCUUGUAUACAUGGGGAGGAGCAAUGUUUGUAAGUGGUUCUCAAGACAAAACGGUUCGAUUUUGGGAUCUCCGUAGCCGUAGUUGCACCAAUGUUGUACCAACCAAAGGACAAAAUAGCUCUUUAGUUGGGAGUCCUGUAGCCUCAGUUAGCGUGGAUCCUUCUGGAAGGCUUAUGGUUUCCGGACAGGAGGAUUCCAGCUGUUUAUUAUAUGAUAUACGUGGAGGACGUACAAUCCAAACAUUCCAUCCGCAUACUGCAGAUGUCAGGAGUGUCAGAUUUUCACCGAAAGCAUAUUAUUUAUUGACUGGAUCAUUCGAUAAUAUAAUAUUAUAA